UUCGAAAGAUCAUUUGCAUGCUCGUAAUACUGAUCGCCUUCUGCUUCUCCGAGGGCUUCAUCCGAAGGCCACGCGGAAAGGUGCACAGAAAGCGUCAGAUGGCCGAAAGCUAUCCCGAUCUCGUGUGGCUGGACGAAGGGGGGCAGAAAGGAGUCGGCAGCGAAGCAUGUAAGGGUGGUGGGGCGCCUGCGAAGAGCGACUGCGGGCUGGGCAAAGGCGAUCCCAAGUCCAAGGCAUCCAACAUUGCCCAGAAGGCGGCACAAGAGGCAAAGGCGGCCAACGAGGCACAGGGCUCUGCCGCAGAGGCGGCCUCCUUAAAGAUCAAGUCCGAGCUGGCCGACAAGGCUGUCCAGUCGGCCCGGGCAGCGGAAGCAGCGCUUGCGGGCAAACAGCAGAUCUUGGAGCAAUUAGAGGUUGAGCAGCGGGAGGCGGAGGCAGUCGUCAAUGAGGUCACGAACUCGCUUCAGAGCACCAAUGCGAAUGCGGCCGUUGCGAAUACCGCUGCUGUCGAAGCCCAGAAGCAGGUGGCGGACCUGAAGACUAUGUUGGAGGCGGCAUCUGCCAAUCUCAACAGUAUCGAGGCGGUGUCCAAUGGGGCGCAAAGGGAGAUGGAGGAGAAAACUCAGCUGCUGGAGGCGGCCAAGAACCGGGUAACAGUGCUCGCCAGACAGUUGCAGGACGCCAGGAAGGACUUUGACUCGACCAAGCAGGCAGCCUACAAAGCAGCCUGUGCCGCCGUCGAGGCCAAGAGGAAGGCCCAGAGGAAUCGUCGGAUGCUGCGAAAGAGGCAGCGAAAACGACAGGCUCGGGGAAAAUCAAAGAUAGCCUAGGGACUUUGAGUUGGAU